UCUCUAAUAAAGCAACCAUUAAAUCAGAUGGUCCUUAAGUGAAAAUUGCUAGGCAUGAUGGUCCUUAUGUACCCUUUAGACAUCGAAUUCUUGAUUCUUAAAGUUAAUUACUAGUGCUUAUGUGUUCUUUUCUUCCAUGCUCCGAGAAGUGUUUUCAGCUUUAUCAAUGAAGUUCUUUUCGUUAGAAAUACAUACUUUUCUAGUGUUAUCGAGCAUUUGUUAUGCACUUCUACUGUGCAAUGUCCAGGCAGUCACAAGUGUACCGCAUAAUAAGUCUAUUCCAGCAGUGAUAGUUUUUGGAGACUCCAUUGUUGAUACCGGUAACAAUAACGGGCUAACAACCUUAGGGAAGGCUAACCAUCCUACUUAAGGGAACGAUUUCAUGGGAGGAAAACCAACUGGAAGAUUCUUUUACGGAAAAGUUCCUUCAGACUUGAUUGUGGAAGAAUUGGGAAUAAAAGAGCUUUUACCAGCAUAUCUUGAUCCAACUUUACAACCAGAAGACCUCAUCACAGGAGUUGAUUUUGCUUCAGCUGGUGCAGGAUAUGAUCCUCUAACAUCUGAAAUCGUGGAUUUAUACGGGCUAGGAGCACAUCGGAUUGGUGUUCUUGGCAUACCACCAAUUGGAUGCAUGCCAUCACAAAGAACACUGAAAGGAGGAGAAGAAAGGGAUGUGUUUAUUAUUUGAACCAAGCAGCACAAUGAUUUGUACCCUCAGAAAUAUUGUACAAAUAUGGCUGCCUUUUUCCUGAAUAUCGACAAGAUCUCUGUGUCUUAUCUUUAUAUGACUGUGCAGGAUUCAAGGUUGCAGACAAGGGAUGCUGUGUCAUCACAUCUGUGUGUUCCGAUGAUUCUGAUUAUGUUUUUUGGGAUAGCUUUCAUCUUACAGAAAAAGUAUGCAGACUU